AUGGUAUACGGAUUAACCGUUAUGGGCUUCGAGUUGGCUACUUGCUUGGGCUUCAACGAAGGUAUAGCGCCACUUGGGCCUACAAAUAGUGGCUUCCCGUUAAGCAAAACUGUCCGGCUCUGCAACUUCCUAUCCAUUGGGCUCAAGUGGUAUUCUUCUCUGUACUCUCGUACGAGAUUAGGAACCAAUGAGAAGACAUUUGUCUUGAUUAUGGUAUCUGGACUUAGGUUUAUCAGAAGUAAAAAACUGAAGAGGAAGGUGUUAGUGAUACCAUCACGGCCGCUAUUGUAUACGCCUCCUGACUCUCCAAUCCAAGAAACCGUCUUUGUCGGGGAUAGCUUGAGAAGGUUGUGCAUUUGUUUGAACACUUCGGCCGCCUCGUCAAGAACAGUUGCAUUCAGGAUUUUGUUCUUGAGGUUCUCGUCGUACCCUAAAAAAUGA